CUCAGUUCAGUGCCAAGCAGCCAACCCCUUCUAGGGUUUCUCUAGGGUUUUAUCAUUGUUCAGCGAAACCCUGAGGAGUUCCGAAGCAAGGCAACAGUUGGGUGUUUGUAAAGCAAUCGAUGGAGGGAUUGAAGAAAUCAGAUGCGAAUUUGGUUGUAUACAUACACCCAUCUAAGGCCAAAAAGGUUCCAUGAAACUUUUGAUGGUGUUUUGUUGGCAUAUGACGUGAAAAUUCUUAGUCAAGUGGCAAAGAUUCUUCCAGGGAUUCAUCCUUAUUUUGGUGUGAGACUAAAAGCUGAACUCUUAACUUUCUAUCCCAAGCCCAACAUGCUUUUAGAAGGAACGGUAGUUAAACUGGGUCAACAAUCCAUGCAUGCCAUUGUUCUUGGGUUUUCAUCUGCUAUUAUUAUACAGGAAGAUAUUCGUGAUGAAUUUAAAUAUAAAGUUAAACAUGGCAAAGAAGUUUUUGUUAGCAGAGGUAACAAGCGGCAUCAAAUAGAAGUUGGAACCAUUAUACGUUUUAUAGUCAAAAGUUUUGAUGAAGAAGUACUCCAUAUUUGUGGAUCGUUGGUUCCAGAUCAUACCGGAAGUGUCGGCUGGUUGGACAAGAAUUUGGAAGAGUGGUCACACGCCGACAGCCUCACCAAAAAGCGGACAGGAAGUGAAGGUAGUAGGGAAAUGCUGGAGCAUAAUAAAGCAAUGGUUGAUGGGGAAACAUUAUAUUUGAACACUGACCAUCACAUUAAGAAGUCAAAGAGGCGGAGGAGUGGUGAUUCUUGAAGGCUGCUGCAAAUUGCAUACCUUGACACUGUUCUUUCCAGGGUUGAUAAAUGUUGAUGCACAUGAGGUGAAUUUCAAAACCAAGGAGCUAAUUGGCUUAACGAACGUUCCUCUGGGAUGGGUGAAAAAGGUUUUAAAGAAAUUGAACUCAAGGAGAAGUCGUGCAUCAUCCACUAUAUUGUUAUAUGGAACUCAAGGAGAAGUCGGGCAGAAAUACAUUGUUAUGUGGACUUGUAAUUAUCCAUUUAUAAAAUAUAUCUGGUCAGCCUUUUAUCUAUUCUCAGCAUUUUUUUGGGGCAGCCGAUUUUGAGUUGGGUUCCAAAAGGCCAUCCCUAAUUCUUUUUGGCAUGAAAUUGUUGAAGCUAUGUUUUCGUUUAAAUCUGGCUUUUUGUUGGAUUCAAUUGGUCUCUAUUUUCAUUCAUGCAAAGACACGGUGUUCAUGCUAUUAGGUUGUAUAAUAUAUGAUGCACCCUGAUUGUGGAUAUGAAAUUGUUUGUUUCAGAUUCUGUAUUUCUCAGCUGUUUGUUAUCUGAAUGCAAAAUGAGGUUGGAACUAUUGGAAUUUGGCAAGUGGACUGUUAUUUGCUGGGAUUUUGGAUUUGAAGUUGGAGUUAUUCGGAUAAUGAUCAUGGCAUCCAAGAAGAGUCAUUUUCUGAUUUAGUAUGAUGGAUGAGCUCUGGAAGCACCCUUUCUCUGGUCAGUAUCCAC